AUGUCGAAUCCAAUAGCAAAUGACACAGAAACUGUCACAUUUGCGAUAACUGAUGAACAAGGGAAGAUGGUUCUUCUGCUCUUAUUAAUUCAAAGCACAGCAUCAUUGAUCGCAACUACGUUCGGAAUUUCAGUGUUUUUUUCUAUAAGAUAUAAAUAUCCCCGAUUAGUCAACAGAGUUACGUUUCGACUUGCUCUUGCUACAAUGAUCUCAGACUUUGGUGUUAGUGUAUUUCAAUUAAUCGGUGCAACCCUUGCAUCUCCCACCGGCCCAUGUAUAAUCGCUACCUGGGGAACUGUAUUUUUUAGCCUUACAUCAAUUUUUUUCCCUACUUGUAUUGCUCUGAAUCUACAAAUCGUGUUCAUUCAUGGGUACAGGGGUAGACGUAAAUUAGAAAUGUUUUAUUUCAUAGGUGCGAUUACUUUAGCUUCAAUUCUAUCAUUGAUUCCGUUCUCCGAUCACAUGUAUGGUUGGGAUGCACCCGAAGCGGUAUGCUUUUUCCGUGACUCAGGUACAAAAUUGAAUAUUGUAUGGCAAUGGGCAGCAUUCUACUCUUGGGAAUUACUUUGUAUAUUAUAUUGUAUAAUAACAUUAAUUAGUGUUGCGGUGAAAUUACACAAAGUGUCAAGUCAAUCAGUAAGCACCAAUAAUAUUGAUGGCCAAACAAUAACAAGUCAAUAUGAUAAGAAUGUUUUAAGGAACAAGGCUAUUAUAUCAUUGGUGGUUGGAAAGGUUAUAUGGUAUCCUGUUGUGCCUAUAAUAACUCAGGGACCAAAUUUUUUAGUUGAAACUGACAUUUAUGUUAACCAGAAAAUCAAUUAUGUAUUUUUAAUACUGUCUACUCUCCUCUCAUUUCAAGGUUUUCUCAAUACCAUAGUAUUUAUGCAAGAUCUCGCGGUUUCUAGAGCUUAUAAAUUAACGAAAUUAGAUUGGUGGUGUAAUUACGUUAAUAAAUAUGAAGAGUCAUAUCCUCAUUUAUCACGUAAUAAAGCAAUAGAUUCGGCUGAUCAGGUUGAUCAUGAAAUCAAAGAUGAACAAAGUCAGAAACAACCUUCCUUUGCUGAAAAAUUACGAUAUAAUUUCUUAAUUUCACUCUUUAGUAAGCCGAAAGGAGAUAAAGUGUUAAUCGAAUACGAUCAAUAUAUGACGGUAAAAGAUGAUGAUGAAUUGUUGUCAACACAAUCAAUGAAUGAUAAAAAUGGUGAUGAUGCAACAGUAAAGGAUGACGGGGAUAAUCUGGAUCGAUUUAAUAAAAAUGUAUUAUGCAAAUUGUAA